AUGCUGGAUCAAAGUAUAGAUUUAGUGAAACACGACUUAUUCAAUCUGCCUUUCACUGGUGCCCUCGGCUGGAAACAAGGCGACGAGGAAUCGAAAUGGGCCCAAAAGGCUAUUGAAACACUCGUAAAGAAGCUAAAAAAGCGGAAGGGAGUUGUUGAUAGACUACAAUAUGCGCUGUCACAUCCCGGUGAACCCAGUGAAUGUGUCUCCAUUCCGAGAUCUCUCGACGGUCGCAUUCAAGUUUCCCAUCGAAAGGGGUUUCCACACGUAAUUUACUGUCGUGUUUGGCGCUGGCCAGACCUCCAAAGUCAUCAUGAAUUGAAGUCUCUAGAAUGUUGUCAAUUUCCGUUUGAUUCAAAGCAAAAGGAAAUUUGUAUCAACCCGUAUCAUUACAAGCGUGUUGAUUAUCCAGUUCUACCACCUGUUCUUGUUCCUCGCCAUAGCGAAUAUCCAACAGUCAAAGAGGGUCAAUCUACAUCUUUUGAAUUUCUUGACUCUCAAAGCAUUCCUUACCAGGAGCCCAGGUACUGGUGCACCGUCGUCUACUAUGAAAUGAACACUCGCGUUGGUGAGGCUUAUUUUGCUUCAUCACCGAGCGUUCUCGUGGAUGGAUUUACUAAUCCAUCAAAAACCUCUGACCGUUUUUCCCUUGGUAUUCUUUCCAACAUCAAUCGUACUCCUGUUGUGGAAAAUACGCGAAAGCAGAUAGGCAAGGGUAUUCACCUAUACACGGUGGCUGGUGAUACCUUUAUCGAGUGUCUUUCAGACAGUAGCGUUUUCGUUCAGUCUCGUCUUUGCAAUGAGAGUCACGGGUUCCACCCGACAACCGUGGUGAAAAUACCACCGGGUUGUUCGCUGAAGGUCUUCUCCAACAGUGAGUUUGCUCGUUUGCUUCAUCAAACUGUCUCACUGGGCGUUGAGGCAGUUUAUGACAUUGUCAAGGUUUGUACUCUUCGUCUGAGCUUUGUGAAAGGAUGGGGAGCUGAGUACCAUCGUCAAGAUGUCACAUCAACGCCUUGUUGGGUUGAGAUUCACCUCCGAGGUCCACUGUUUUGGCUCGAUCGAGUUCUGCGUCAAAUGGGCCCUUCACCAAACCCAGUCUCCUCUGUCUCCUAA